CACCCCCUUGCUUAAGGACAACCCAUCACAAACUCAAGUGACCAAGGGUUUGCAGCCCCUGAACCCUUCAGACUGGUGCCCAGUCCACCGGAUAACGGCUUAACAUGCCUGAGCCCACAAAGAAAGAUGAUGGCCAGCCUGAAGAGGAUGGCAACAUACCCAAGAAACUUUCUAUUGACCUUCCUAAUGAUAGUGACCCUGAGUCAACCAGGGGAAGAAAGGACUCAGUGUGGUCUCUGGGGGAUGGGCAGCCUCCUGAGGAAACUGACAAGCAGAUUGAGACUCAGCCCCUCUCAGUUCUGUUGAUUGAAAAGCCGCAGAGUGGCUCCAUCACUGUAGGUGGUGAUAUCACCUUCACUGCUAAGGUGGAGGCCAAAGACUUGCUUCGUAAACCGACCAUUAAAUGGUUUAAGGGUAAGUGGAUGGAUCUGGCUAGCAAGACUGGGAAACACCUGCAGCUAAAAGAGUCUUUUGAUCGCUUUACGAAGAUUCAUACCUUUGAAAUGCACAUUAUCAAGGCAAAGGACAAUUAUGCUGGGAAUUACAGAUGUGAGGUCACCUACAAAGACAAAUUUGAUAGCUGCUCUUUUGACCUGGAGGUCAAAGAAAUUCCAGAGGUGUCUCAAAGCAUUGAUAUCCGCUCAGCUUUCAAAAGAAGCAGUGAAGGCCAGGAUGAUGCAGGCGAGCUUGACUUUAGUGGGCUUCUCAAACAUAGAAACAGCAGGGAGCACAAGCAAGAAGAAACUCCUGAAGUGGACGUGUGGGAGAUUUUGAAAAAUGCUCGACCCGAUGAAUAUGAGAAGAUUGCUUUUAUGUAUGGCAUCACAGAUCUCAGAGGCCUGCUGAAAAGACUCAAGAAAACCAAAAAGGAAGAGAAGAAGAGUGAAGCAUUUGCUAAGAGAUUGGAACCUGCAUAUCAGGUAGACAAAGGUGGGAAGAUUCGGUUAGUGGUGGACCUUGCUGACCCAACUGUGGAGUUAAAAUGGUACAAGAAUGGACAAGAGAUCCGUCCUACCCCAAAUAAUAGGAAGUAUAUCUUUGAACACAAAGGCACUCAGAGGAUAAUGGUCAUUAACAACUGUCAGAUCAAUGAUGACGCUGCAUAUUCAGUCACAGCAGGAGAUGAGAAAUGUACCACUGAACUGUUUGUCAAAGAACUGCCUGUGAACAUAGUGAAGAAGCUGGAGCCAGUGAAAACUACAGUGAAUGAGAGGAUUGAACUGGAGUGUGAAGUGUCAGAGGAAGGGGCAAAGGUCAGAUGGAUGAAGAAUGGGGUGGAGGUCCCUACAGGUGUGCGAUCACGGUACCGUGUGAAAUCUGAGGGAACCAAGCACUGGCUGAUCAUUGAGGAUGCUAUGAAAGACGACACCGGCACAUACUCCCUGAUGGCCUCUGGGGGCACCACUGAAGCUCACGUUCAAGUUGACUUGAAGCCUCUGAAGAUUCUGCAGGAUCUACAAAGCGUGACGGUGUUGUUGGGUCAGCCACUCAAGCUGGCCUGUGACAUUUACCCUGGGAAUAUUCCAGGCCGUUGGUACAGGAAUGGCCAGCUGAUCCAGCCUAACGACCACAUCAACAUUUUACACAGAGCCAAGAAUCACAGCCUUGACAUUGAGAGCUCAACCAUUCAUGAUGCCGGUGACUACACCUUUGUUCCAGAGGGAUACUCGCAGACACUGAGUGCUAAAGUGCACAUUAUAGAUCCUCCCAAGGUGCAUUUAGAGGCACUUAAUGUCCAGGACAACACUGUGACCAUUGUAGCUGGAAGCAAACUCCGCUUGGAGAUCCCCAUCAGUGGAGAACCAGCACCCAGAGUGGUGUGGAUGAAGGGAGAAAGGGUCAUCCUUGAUACAGGCAGUCGAGUUCGGGCCGAGAACUUUGCAGACCACACCUGCCUCACCAUUGAUGUCACAGAAAGAGAAGACACUGGUAACUAUAAGAUCGUCCUUCAGAAUGAGGCUGGAGAGGACACAGCCAGUAUUAAAGUCAAAGUUGUGGACAUCCCAGAUCCUGCCGAAGCUCCUCUAGUUCCUAAUGUGGGUGGAGACUGCUGCACUAUGACAUGGGAUCCCCCACGCUACGAUGGUGGUUCCCCUAUCCUCGGAUACUUCAUUGAGCGAAAGAAAAAACAGAGCUCUCGAUGGAUGAGGCUGAACUUUGACCUUUGCAAAGAGACCACAUUUGAGCCCAAAAAGAUGAUUGAAGGCGUUCCGUACGAGGUGCGAAUAUUUGCUGUUAACGCCAUCGGUGUCUCCAAACCCAGUGAACCCUCCAAACCUUUCAUUCCCCUGGCUGUGACCAGUGAACCCACAAUGCUGGUGGUGGAUGAUGUCACAGAUACUACAGUAACCAUGAAGUGGAGGCCCCCAGACACCAUUGGUGCAGCAGGACUUGAUGGAUACCAAGUUGAAUACUGCAUAGAAGGAACUGACGAGUGGAUACUGGCUAAUAAAGAGCUGACUGAAAAAACAAAGUACACCAUAACUGGUCUGCCAACAGAGGCGAAGAUCUUAGUGCGUGUUAAGGCCAUAAAUGCUGCUGGGGCCAGUCCACCCCGUACUACACAGCACUCUAUACUGGUGAAAGAAGUUAUCGAGCCCCCUAAGAUUCGCAUACCUCGACAUUUAAAGCAGACGUACAUUCGAAAAGUUGGUGAAGUCGUAAACCUUGUUGUGCCAUUUAUGGGAAAACCAAGGCCAAAGGUCACCUGGUUGAAAGAGGGUCAACCAAUCGACCAAACAAUCAGCAUUCGCAACUCAGACUGCGACAGCAUCAUAUUCAUCCGCAAGGCAGAGAGAAAGCAUUCUGGGAAAUACGAACUGACCAUACAGGUGGAGAAUCACGUCGACACAGCCAUGUUGGACAUACAGAUAGUCGACCUUCCAGGCCCACCACAGGCUAUAAAGAUCGAAGAGAUCUGGGGCACAAACGUAGCACUGGACUGGAGCGCACCGAAGGACAAUGGCAAUGCACCCAUAACAGGCUACACCAUCCAGAAAGCUGACAAAAAGACUAUGGAGUGGUAUACAUGUGUGGAGCAUUACCAUCGCACCUGUAUCACAAUCUCAGAUCUGGUGGUGGGUAAUGAGUAUUUCUUCAGGAUCUACUCAGAGAACAUGGUGGGCUUGAGUGAAAGUGCAACUGCCACUAAAGAAAGCGCUCUCAUUGUGAAGGAAGGCUUGCAGCUGAAGAACCCUGAAUACAAUGACCGCGACUUCACUGAGCCACCCAGUUUCACUCAGCCACUCAUCAACACCUUCGCCAUCGCUGGGUACAACGCCACCCUUAACUGCAGCGUGCGUGCCAACCCUAGGCCUAAGGUGAUCUGGAUGAAAAACAAGAUUACCAUCAUAGAUGACCCACGUUACCGCAUGUUUAGCAACCAGGGCGUAUGUACGCUUGAGAUCCGCAAGCCCAGCCCGUUUGACGGAGGUGUGUACACCUGCAAGGCAGUCAAUAACCUCGGAGAGGCUCAGGUGGACUGCAAACUAGAGGUCAAAGGAGGUUUUACAUUCUAUGAGCUGAUGAAGCGAGGAGUUCCCUUACACCUCACUGAUAAGUACACGAACGAGUCUAAGACUUCUGAAUCAGAGAAGAAGGGAUCUGACUGAUGGCUGAUUCACCCAUGAUUACCCAGAAAACUACUAGUACCAAUACUCCCAAUAAUGGCACAUGUGUCUAAACUUUGGCAUGGUAUGCUGUGUCAGACAUGGAUCUAUAUACAGUAUAUAUAUCAUUGCAAAGCUGAUUUGUCACCAGUCUUGUCUGUCACUGUGCUAUCAUGUAAAUCUAUGUUUUAAGAAGUGCCACUGAAACUCAAAUGCAUGCCUUUAGUGAACUGGGUUAUAGCUUCAAAAUAUUACACAAAUAGACAUUUUAUUGUGAAAUACAUAGAGUUGCAGUUGCAGAUAUGAUGAUGCAGUUAAUUUAUGCUUUUCUGCGUUAUGGGAGAGAAGGGUGGACUGACUAGAGCACAAGUUUUGCUGUUUGUGUCCAUAUUUUCUUUUUUUCUUGGUUGUUUUUUCCCCUUUGUAGUUUUCCCAGCCCCUCUGCUACAUUGUGUAGAGAAUGUACUGAAAGUACUCUCUGUACAAUGCAGCAACUAUAUAGAUCUGAAAUAUCAAUACUGUCCUAUUGUCAGAUCAGACAUCAGAAAGAAAGAUCAGAAUGUCAGAUCUGAAUGUUGCAGAAGAAAAUGUUUUGUCUAAGAUGUUUUGACAAUACUUGCCUAUAUUCAAUUUAGCAUGACUGAGUUGAAUAAAUGUCUCUGAA